AUGGCCAGCUUCACCACCGCCAGCACCCAACCCGUCAUCGCCUCCCCUACCCGAUCAGCAACCUUUCUCGCCCUAUCUGUCACAAACCCCUCAGACAUUCCAACCACCCGCUCAACCCUAGCCAGCAUCUCCAGCCUAGCCAAAAAUGUCGCCUUCCGAGACUCCGACGCCAACUUCACAUGCACUGUAGGCAUCGGCAGCUCCAUCUGGGACGAACUCACGAACAACCUCCCGCGACCGAAAGAACUCCACCCCUUCCGCGAAGUCAAGGGCACCAAACAUACCGCCGUCUCCACCCCCGGAGACCUCCUCUUCCACAUCCGCUCCGAGCGCCGUGACCUCUGCUUCGAGUUUGAGCGCCAGCUCAUGGAGCGCCUCGGGAGGAUCCCAAGAGGGGAACCCCAUAACUCUCUGCGAACUUCUCAUUGGUACGUCCCGUAA